CCUGUGAGGUGCUGCUUCCUUUUCUUAGGUCACAGCUGAAAUGUAACUUCCUCCAGGAGACGGCAGGCAUCCUGCACUGGGACAGACAGCAGACCGCAGGCAUCCUGCACUGGGACAGACAGCCUGGGUCACUAUCUGAAUAUACAAUGCCUGUGGCUCAGGGGUUACUUACUAAGACAUGUGUCCUGCUCACAUCGCUGGUUCUCCUGCUGAAACCUACUGUGGCAUUUUCAAGCUUUUUCUCUCCCAGAGGCUUGUACUGCAGCCUGACGGAGUGCUGUGAGGAGGAAAAGCCAUAUAACAGCACAGCUAUGCUUCAAGAUUUGAACACAAAACUGUUCGAGCAGCACUUGGCUCAUGAAAUUAUUUUCAAAGCCCUGACAGGAUUCCUGAGCAAUGAGAGCCCUGAGAAGCCCCUGGCAUUAUCCAUGCAUGGCUGGUCCGGUAUUGGAAAAAGCCAUGUUGCCAAAAUCAUUGUGAAGAAUAUAUACAAGCUGGGAAUGGAAAGCAAGUUGGUUCAUUUAUUUUUGCCUGAAUUGCAUUUCCCAAACAAAAACCUGAUUUCUAAGUACAAGGUGCAGUUGCAGUCCUGGAUUAGAGGAAACGUCAGUAAUUGUGCCCGCUCUAUAUUUAUAUUUGAUGAGAUGGACAAGCUUCACCCUGGACUUAUCAAUGCUAUCAAGCCUUUCCUGGACUAUCAUGAUAAUAUUGACGGAGUGUCUUAUCGCAAAGCUAUCUUCCUCUUCCUCAGCAAUCAAGAUGGCAAUCUGAUAAAUAAAAAGGCGAUGGAAUAUUGGAAAACAGGGAAAGAAAGGGAAGAGAUAAAGUUGCAGGAUCUGGAAUCUGGGCUCUCUCUAGAACUUUACAACAACUUGAACAGUGGAUUUGGGCGGAGCACCCUCAUUAAACAGAACAUGAUCGAUUUCUUCAUCCCUUUUCUGCCACUGGAGCGUCGCCAUGUGGAAAUGUGCAUCAAGGAAGAGCUACGACGGUAUGGGCAGCAGGAGGAUAGAAAUAUAAUAGACACAGUGGCAGAUAUGCUACAGUAUGACCCAAAGGAAUACAAAUUAUUUUCUGUCAGUGGCUGCAAGCAUGUUCCAUCCAGAGUGACCCUGGUACUCAAGCCCUGCCACCUGACUACUCCACCCAGCUGCCAGUCAGAUUACACAUGAGCAUUGUCACUAGUCAGUUGCAGUAAUGUAAAGGUUACUCUAACGCAGUUUCUGGGACAUUUUGGGCAGCGCUCCCAGGAGAGUGGACAACCUCCUGCACCCUCUAAUGGGCAAAACCAUGUGUAAUGCAGGGGGGGGCCCGAUAUAACAUGUACAGAGAAAGUUAGAUUUGGGUGGGGUGUGUUCAAACUGAAAUCUAAAUUGCAGUGUAAAAAUAAAGCAGCCAGUAUUUACCCUGCACAGAAACAAUAUAACCCACCCAAAUCUAACUCUCUCUGCACGUUAUAUCUGCCCCCCCUGCAGUGCACAUGGUCUUGCCCAUUAGAGAAAGAUUUUGCUGCUGUGAUCAGGUCUGAAUUAGGCCCUUUAUCUUGUCUGUUACUACCCAGUCCAUGUUUUACUGCUGUUUGUUUACAGUUGUAAAGCGCUACAGAUUAUGCCAGUGCUAUAUAAAUAAAUAUGGCCAUAUAUAUUUGCUGAGUUCUACCUUGAAGAAGGUUCUCCAGAAGGACCAAAACGUUGAUGAUGUGUGAAUAAAGUUACACUUAAUCUGUUUAA